AUGGAAGGGGAUCGAGCAUCGUAUUCGACGUCCAACAGAAACUGGCAGCGUGGAAAUUAUCGGGUACGCGGCGGAAGGCGAAGAAAACGAAGACGGAAGCCGUGGGGCGAGAGGAUCGCGGACUGGACCAGGGCUCUGAUAGCCUUCCUCUUCAGCAACGUCGGUAUAGUGUGCCUGGUGGUCGGAUAUACCAUAGCCGGGGCCUUCCUCUUCACCCACAUCGAGGGUAGAAACAACCUGGACAUCGUCGGGAACGUGAUCAGGUUGAGGAACGUGACAGCUGCCACCCUCUGGGAGCUUACGUCCAAGACGCGUCCUGAAAAUCGAAUAAAAAAUAUGCAUUUUAAAGAGAGACUUAGAACCAACGAAAUUCUUAUCCUCUUUAUUUGCUUGGUUGGUCACGCGCAGGAGAACGUGUUUUCCGAGAGGAUCUGGAAAGCGAAAGUGAAGGCGAUCCUCGAGAACUAUCAAAAGAAAAUGGUAAUGGCCAUAAAGAAUGGCUACGAUGGCGGGGAGGAAAACAAAAGGUGGAGCUUCGCUGGAGCAUUUCUCUAUUCUCUUACGGUGAUCACUACUAUCGGUUACGGAAACAUUUGUCCAAAGACGAAAUGGGGCAAAGUGGUGACCAUAGUGUACGCCAUAAUAGGCCUGCCACUUUUCUUGCUAUAUCUAAGCAACAUCGGUGACAUUCUUGCGAAAAGCUUCAAAUGGACGUACGCUCGUUGCUGUCUGUGCAAAUGUCGCAGAAGGCCAUUAGAAACGAUGCCAAGAGGAAAUACUCGUGAUGACGCGGAUGUAAGGAGAAAUCAUUGGCAAAUGGUCGACAUAGAUGGAAGAGAAAUUGAUUCGUUCAGCGUGGACAAGAAUAUUUCCUUGGAAAAACACGAUACGAAAGAGGAAAAUGACGAUGACAGUAAUAGCAGUAGCUAUGAUCCUCAACAAGUCACUGUACCUUUGACGCUAUGUGUCGCCAUAAUGGUCGGGUACAUUUGGGCCGGAGCCAUCUUGUUUUCCGAAUGGGAAGACUGGAACAUGUUGGACGGUUCUUAUUUCUGCUUCGUCUCCCUGUCGACCAUAGGUUUCGGCGACAUCGUGCCGGGUGACAAAAUCUACGCGGCCCAGGGCCUCGAUUUAUCCUUCAUCUUCUGCUCCAUGUACCUAAUGCUCGGUCCACCACUUUUCCUAGAUACCAUCUACGACAAGGGCAACCUCCCGUAUAGAUCUUUGAGUCCACUGGACGAGUGUUUCGUCUCGUGUCCUGUUUGA